AUGGCGACUUCUCAACAGCAGUUCAGUGAUACUAUUAAGCAGCUACUCCAAGGGAUAUUCCAAGCUCUAUUUGAUUAUAGGCUUCGCGAUCUCCCCCCCCGGAAGAUUAUAACCAUCUCGUUACAAGAUUGGUCACAAGUAAGUCGAAGGGCUCCUGACACUCAAGACGUGCUACCAAAUAAACUGAACUAUGAAAGACUUCCUGGAAACCUUCGAUGGGUACAAGAUGAGGUAGAAAUUUGGUUCCUUGAACGGAAAGUAAGACAGGAAACCGCAUGUCUUUAUUUCGUCAUGCAAGAGGGCGUGAGUAGUCUGUUUCCUACAAACUGCAACUUGGAACAACUUUGCAACAAGGACGAACGCGGAGAGACUAUAAUCAAACCUCUUUAUUAUCUGGAGAAGGCUUGCUACCUAGCGUUUCUGUGUGGUGGACGAGAAGGAAUAAAGAAUGCACUAGAUCAUGCAGGGCCAUUGUGGCCAGAAUUUGCUCAGAACAGCCUGAUCGUGGCCGCCUUUAUCGGUGAGGAAGGCCUCAUUCGUUGGCUGCUAGAAAAAAAUGUAAAUGCGAGAGAGGAUAUCAAUACCAGGUCCAAACUAUUUGGAACUGCACUACUUGCCGCCGUUUUGAACUGCAGCAGCAGAAUCGCCAGCCUCUUACUCAACUGCGGUGCUCGUCAACAUGGCAUGGAUGACCUGUUUGGUUGGGCGGUGAUGAAAAAUGAUGUUGAAAUGGUCCAGCUGCUUCUCAGUUAUAAGCACCUGGACCCAAACAAACAUUUUGGCCCUGGAGUUGACCCGGUUCUUUUCAUUGCUUGCAAACAUGGCUUUUCUGAUAUGGUGCAAGUGCUCUUAAACGACCCGCGGAUCGACCCAUACCAACCAACCCAUUUUGGCAUGACUCCUCUUUUGGCCGCCCGUAGAAGUGGCAAUGAACAGACAAUGAUGAUAAUUCACGGCCGAGGCGUCACCGAUCUAUAUUCUGUUCCGAUAUAUCAACCCAAUCCAGAUGAUUGCCCGUUGCUUAGAGCUGCAGCAAUGGGACAAGACGACACUGUGAAGCUGCUAUUACAACGGCCAGAUCUAGACCCGAACCUUGAAUCCCGUGGCGGUCUAACGCCGCUGAUGGUGGCUGCUAGGAAUAAUCAUGAAGAUGUCAUUGAUUCCUUGUUAAAGUCUGAUAGGGUAGAUCCAAACAUGCGCUGCUGGAAACAUGGUACCGUGCUUAUAUCUGCUGCGGAGAGAGGUCAGACUCGCAUUGUGGAGAUGCUGCUUCAGCGCAAAGAUAUUGAUGUGAACAUUGAUAAUCAAAAAGUGAUAGCACAUGCAGCAAUCAACGGCCACGAAGGAUGUUUUGACCUGCUUGUCGAACGAAUUGAUCCUAAAAUUAUGAAAGGCGAAUUGGGGAAGCGUGGGUUCCUUCUGAAUGUCGUUAAUCGGAGGAUCAUGUUGAAACUGCUCGACCGUUUCCCACAAUUGAAGAUCAACAAGCGCGGGGCCCAGGAUGGCCGCACACUCUUGAUACACGCUUGCGUUCACCGCAACAUUGGCCUAGUUGAACAGCUAUUAGAACGCGGCGCGGACCCUGAAAUGAGAAAUUAUAGUGGCCGCAAUGCGCUGGAUUACGCCCGAAAGGAAAAUCUGGGAGAAUAUGUGGAACUUCUUCAGAGGUACCAGAGUGGCCAUAGUAGCGCUGGGGCUUAA